AUGAGGAAGGGAAUUGGGGAUUGCAGCAGAAUUGCAGCUGUGCAAUCGUGCAGAUUGAAGAAUAGGAGGUCAGCCGUCAGCAGCAGUGUACCGGCACAGCGGGAGAGUGCUCAACUAGGAUCCUCUUCGAACGUGAAUUGCAGCAGUAGCAGCGGAGGGAAUGUGACUGCUGAAACAGAAGUGAAGCUCGCUUCACUCACCCCGAAGAAAAGAGCUGGAAGGAAGAAGUUUAUAGAGACUCGACACCCAGUUUACAGGGGAGUAAGAAUGAGGGAUAACGGGAAGUGGGUUUGUGAGUUAAGAGAGCCCAACACGCAGUUCAGGGUGUGGCUAGGGACGCAUCCCACUGCUGUAAUGGCAGCAAGAGCACAUGAUGUCGCUGUUUUGGCUUUCAGGGGGCCAUCGGCCACUUUGAAUUUUGCUAACUUGGUGUCACGGCUCCCUAUCCCAAAGUAUAACAGUAUAGUAGAUAUACAAAAGGCAGCGGCAGAAGAUGUGGAGGCUUUCAGAUACGCAGAGGAUACAAUGGAGAAUGUGGAAACAAAGGAGUCGUCGGAAGUUGAUCAAGUUUACGAGGAUGAAGAGGAGAUUUUUGAGAUGCCGGGUUUUUUUGCUAGCAUGGCGGAGGGACUUAUGGUACCACCUCCGCAGACGGUGGGGUAUGGCAACGAUGAGGAUAAUGUCGAGUUUUGUACUGACGAUUCUUUAUGGAGUCCUUAG